AUGGGUGGCCAACGAGACGGUUUGAAGGUGUGGUUUAAGGAACUGCAAAAGAAGCAGGAUGCAACAGCACUAACGGAGGAGCCGAUCUUCAAGGUGCUGGAUGUGAAGAAGCGACUAGCACAUAUUGGAAAGGCGGCUAACCAGCUGUUGAAGAUAAGGAAACCGGCUCCUACCCAGCCACCGAAGAAUGACAUUGCUGAGUCAGAGAAGAUUCGAGAGAUGAUUCGGAACAUCACUCGCGACAAUGCUACGUACGAUGCAUCCAAGCUGGAGAAGAUGAAUACGAAUGAGCUACUCACUGAGUAUAUCGAUCUAUUGAAGGCAGAGCAGGGGGAUGAAUCUAAGGAAGAAGGGAAGGAGGGGGAGAAGAGUGGCGACUCAGAAGCAGCAGACGAAUCGGGAAAUGCUGCUGAGGAAGAUGGUCCGAAGAAGGAUGGAGAGGAGAAGCCCCAUGAUGAACUUUGA